AUGAAGGCCUGGAGUUUCGGCAACCUCUUUUCGUCGUUAGCCGUUCCUGCAGGACUCCAGAAGCGCCUCGUUAGCUUCCUGCUCCAACGCGCCAUCGGACACUUCCUGGAGGACUCACUUGACCUCGAGAAGCUUGACAUUGAACUCUCUAAUGGUAUUGUGCACCUGACCGACCUCCAACUCAACAGCAAGGUCCUGAAUGAGCUCGUCGCUGGAACUCCGCUCGCCGUCCAAAAGGGCCGCAUUGGAUCCAUCACGGCAACCAUACCCUGGCGCAAUCUCUGGAACGGACAGUGUAUCCUCGAAAUUGACGGCAUCGACAUCUCCCUCGCGCCCGUCCAGGCACAACCCGGUCACCUGCAGAAUCUGGAGGAGCAGCUCUUAUCAGCAUCAGUCGACCUGGCUAGCGAUUUCAUCCAACAGAGCAGCUCAGCCAAAGAGGAGGCUGCCCUUCGAGAAUCAAUUCUCCAGUCACUCCAGGCUCAAGCCCAGGCUGCACAGGCACCUACAGGAAUACCCGGUGACUUCAACUAUCGACCCUCAGUUCGACCUUCGUCGCCUCUUUCUCCAGGGUCAACACCCUCAACAGAUGACUUUGGCGAUGCCUCCGAAGGAGAGGGUGUGCAGUUUGUGGCCAAGUUAAUUGAGAAGCUCAUGGCAAGGAUCCAGAUCAUUUGCAGAGGAACCACCGUGCGACUCCAACACAGUUCAUCCCUGCCUCUCGUCAACUCUUGGUCAUCACCCUCAAAGACAGAGAUAUUGGACUAUGAACUGGAGGUCCGGUUACCCUACAUUGCUUAUCGGGACGAGACACCGGGAUGGGAUCAGUCGGCCGCAGGAAGAGAGCCUGCGAGUAUGGCGGCAUCGACAAUAUACGGGAAUGAGUCCACAUCAGGGUCAACUAUGCUGGAGGAUUCCGUCAUUCCGAGCGUCAUCUGGCAGGAUACCCCAGAGUCGAUCAAAACUGUCACCUUCAAAGGCUUCUCAAUCUGGAUCAAGCAGAGUGGAGGUCAGGAGGAACUUCUUGCCAAGGUCGACCCUACACCACAGUCAUCACCCCGACCGGCACCACAGCAGGCGGUCAAGACACCAGUUGAGGAGGCAGCUGACGACGAUCAAAACACGUCCGACUCGGACUCGGAUGUGUUCACUGACGCUCAGGAGAACAUUUCGCAGUCUAUGGUGGCCUCCAGGAUCAUCAGCAGACCAACCCCGGCUCCAACACCUCCCUCUCCAGCUCCGAUACCUGCGCAGAGCUCCCGUCCCAUCAAUCAAAGUCGCCUAUACCAAGCUGAAAUCCUAUCUACACUUCAGCACAAGAAUCGGGUCAAGGUCAAUAUCAGGAAGAACACCAUAAUGCUCCCUAGACCCAACUCGACUCAAGCACAAUCUACUGUUAAAUCGCUUCUGGAUAUCGACUUUUCCAUCAAGUCCAUCUUCGUUGCUCUUUCACCCAACCAGAUCGCAUUCUUGCUGGAGAUUCUUUCGCUGAUGGAUCAAGCACCGCCUCCGCCCGCUAGCGAUAGCUCCAAGCAGAAUCUAGCCCCAGCUUACCAGACAGGCGUCGACAGGGAGACGGGAGGUGAGCUCGGCCCUAACCGCGAUCAUGCUACUUCUCGUGGACCUAUUCCUAUUCUGCGAUCCGACAACUCUGCAGAGCGACCAUUAACGCACCACAACCUAAGGCCCAUGUCUCCCAAACAGCGCUCUCCACCUGUCGACCCUCUCCGAGUACCGCAGAACAAGAGCCUUGGUGGACCAACACAGGAGCCUGACAAGCAUGUGGAUGCAAGGAAUUCCAGAACAACCAUACCUACCCCAGCCGUGUUUUUGGACUCUUCGCGCUUUUUGAGCGGUUCAAACUACAGUGAGCACCGCUCAGGAUCCUCAACGUCCUCAGGAGCAACUGGCAGCACCUCGCCUGCCCUGACGGUGAAACUCAAGGCCAAGAUCGGUACUUUCCAGGUGUUUGUUCUUUACCAGGACCCUCAAACCCUCAGCAACAUCCCGUCGGAGGCCAACUUUUUCAAGUCUCCCACUCCAGAGGCGCUGAAAUCGGGACAUUUGAAACUGGAGUUGGACAGCAUGGUUCUCAAGUACCAACAAUGGUCCCCGACUGGCGUCGGCGCAGGCGGACAGAAGCCAACUAAGCAAAACAAGGGACAAGUGGACUUCACGCUCAGCAACUUUGCAGUAUCGGAGUGGAUCGAUGCAGUACCCAAACCCUACGAGACGCGAGUCUGGGACAGCAAAGCAGACCAGUACCGACUGCCUCCUCGGAAAUCAUAUAUACCCAUUGUCGAGUUUGAUGCCGCGCAGGAUUCGCUCUACCAAACCUCACCCAACUCCAAGUUCCCAACCCUCCGACUUCCAGAUCGAUACAUGACUGAGCGUAGUCGAACGGUGCGAACGAAACCAUCUGCACGGCCACUUGACAAAGCUACGUCGCCGUCUGCGUUGUCGGAACCUCAAGGAAUAUCCAAAGAUCCUACGAGUGCAGCCACCAAGGAGGUUGUCCGCAUGCGAGUGAUGCUAAGUGGCAAGAAGGACGCUUCAGCUCAUAGCGCUCUUCCUCCAGAAGGAACUCAGACGACGACUGGCUCAGCAACGCUUGUCCGCGAUGUAACGAUUGAAGUCAAGCCUGCACACGUGCAUUUGGACUUUUUCUUGUUCCAACGACUUGAGAAGGUUCUACUUGCUCUGAUGGGCUCCGAGAAUAAACCCGAGUCGUCAAGUUCACACGUUGAAUCUGUAUCCGACCAGCCGCCUCAAUCUCCUCGUGGCAUUGAGCAGCAGAUUAUGGAUGACUUGGAUGGUCCUCGAAAGGCUGCCAAGCCAAGUACCCGUGUGCGACUUCGCCUCAACUCGAUUCAGGUCUGGGUGUCUAUCCCUGACAUGGCUCUUGCGCUCAAGGAGGAAAGGGAUACUGGACCAGAAUACAGGACCAUCUAUGAUGUCAUUGCUCUGAAUAUUUCCAAGAUGAUUGUCACCAACGCAUCUGACUCCAGUUCAAAGGGUUCCUCUCCGGCUCAGCCUAACACUGGUCCGGGAUCCAGUAGCAGAGAUGAUGACCAUGGCUCAAAGCUGAAGGUUGAGUUUGCGAGCGUGUCAGCCUUUGUUAUCCCAGCCCAUGCAACAACCGCGAGGGCGAUCCUUAUGGUUGGACCUCUGCUCAAUCAUCCAGGAUCGAUGUCAGGAUUCAACUCGUCGAUGCCAAGUCUCGAAAUUGUGUCGCGCUCGGCAAGUUCGAUACCACAGCACUAUGAGCAUACUCCUCCCUCCUCCUUCCCGCGUGUCCCUGCAUUGCAGGCGUUUGCUAUCCUGGAGGCGGAAGAGAACGUUCACAAUGCUGCAGAUGAAGCAGAAGAGCUGCUCCACUUCAAGCAUCGGACUAUUGAGACCUCGCUACUGUUGAUUGAUGCGCACCUCCCACUGGUGUCAGUUCACCUCGAGAAGAACGUCCUGGAUACAUUACAGCUCCGGAUCAACGAUAUCAGCACCUGGGCAGCGCUUUUCUCGGAGAAGCUGGCAUCGCAGCUACCCGCACCUCCAGAGCCACCUAAAGUUGAGAUUUCAAGCCCACAAGAGCGGCCCUUGUCAUACCGAUUCGACGAAUCCAAGGAAGGUCAACGGAGCAGCCUUGAUGGUGGCUUCAGGGAUGACCAAAGCGAACAUGGCACAGACCAAUCGACGGCGUAUGGCGAAGAACUCCGACAUCAGGCAGAAGGAAACACGUCUUUGCCCCGAUUCCGCACCUCUCACGACUUUCAGUUUCAAUCAAGACUUGUCAAGCCGACAAUGGCUUCGGUGGUCUUGUCUGCACAAACCGUUGAUGUCAUCCUUGACUAUCCUACCAAGCCCACUGUCCUGGACCCAGAGCCGAUCACCAAGUCCUACCAGAUCAAUGCUGGCGAUGCACGUAUUUUUGCAGCCGCAAAGUACCAAGGCGGAAUAGACACGUAUCUCACCAUUGACGCGGAGGAUUUGGAGUUUUGGGAGAUUACGAAUGGGAAGCCCAAGGCAAUGUUGCUGAAGCGGACUGUUCCCAAAAACGUCAAGGUCAAGGCGCCCAAGCCCAUGUUUCAUAUGACUAGCAUGCUGUCGUUCGAUCCUGUGGUCAAGUUUAAGGAGAACGAUACGAACCUCGCCUUUUCAGGGAUCUCGUGGAAUUUUUCGAUUGACCAGACUGCUGUGGACGACGUUCAAGACUUUUUCGCUGAGCCGGUGGGAAUCGUCUACUUGAAUCCACCUCAUCAAUGCACCCGUGUUAGUGUAACUCUGGGAGAGUGCGGCAUGGAUUACAAGCCUCUCAACAUCCCAUCCCGCUUUGCGCUGACCUUUGAGAAGAUGAAGGUUUUCUCUACCCUCAUCCCAGAGUCCCCGACGCUUAAGUCCAAAGUACAGAUCUACAACAUGUCGCUAUUCUUGAUUGACCGCCAGCAGAGUGUCUUGACCCCACAACUCCCAACUUUAGGAUCAUCUGGAUCAGGGAUCGAUUCGCGGCGGUUCUGGAGUGCGCUCGGCUUUGCGCAGAUUGGAGAGUGUCCCUUCUUCGAGCUCCGGUCGGUCAAGAGCAAGAAUGGUCAAUUGCCACUCUACGAUCUGUCCAUCACCAACCAAAAUUUUUACCUCGAUACCUGCUCAGAUUCGUUUGAGACCCUCUCACAGUUCGCGGCAUACAUGGGCGAUAAUGGUGAUAUGCCAGCGGAGAAGAAGAAGAUCUUGGAACGCCUUGCAGAAGCUGAACGCGCCUCAGACCGAGCCGCGUCCAAUGUGAUCUAUCAGGACAUAUUGGUGGCGAGUUUGGACGAGGAUGCGUUCCGGAAACCGAAGCAGGACAAGGACCUCGCGGAUGCUGGAACAUUGGAAUUUGUCGAGGGUUUCUACUCUGUCGAGAGAGAUGACGCGGAAAACGACUUUUUCAAGGCCCAGAUUCAGGACACACCUGAUGUGGAUGGAUUCCACGAAGUCUACGCGGACCUCUUGCAGGGCACGAGGCGCUCAGGUCACAACGGCGGCCCUGGUAUCGGCACUCAGGAAGCUACCAAGGGCAGCACCAAGACCAAGGGCUCAAAGUCAAAGUCCAAGGACCAGACACUCGCUCCUACCAGGAUCGGAUCAGCUCCAAGUGGCCAGAUGCAGUCGCUUACUAUCCCCAGUCCUACCAGAUCAGUACGAUCGUCUCUGGAUGGCGGCAGACGAGAUGAACCCAUUAGGAAAUUUGGACACGCAAAGAAGGAGAGUGUCAUCGAAGAUAUCAUUCGCGUCUUGGACCCAGACGCCAAGCUGAAUGUCAUUGAGGACCACUUUUCCGUACCCGUGCUGACAGAGGAAGAGCGAGCCAAGGACGAAGGCUCGCUGGCCAAGAUGCGUGUGCGUGUCCGAGACUUCAACUUUUCGUGGCGGCUGUACGAUGGACUGGACUGGGAGAUCUCUCGAUUGGAUGAAGCCGAGCGCAAGAAGCAUGCUCGCCAGUUUGCCAAGCGUCUCUACGAUCCUAACGAUGCCAUUCACGCUAACAUGGACGCUGCACAAUCUAACCUCGAAGCCAGCAUUUUUGAGAGUCUUUCGGGAGUGCAGCCUGGCUCGUCUGAUCGGCAGGGUCAUGAACGGCGCGAUUGUUCGCCCUGCUCUUCUGAGGCUGACUCGACCUGUGAUUACCAGAACGACGUGAUGAGCCAGGCCAGCGGCGCUGGAGGCCGACCCUCUUCGACAUCCUCCAACUCUGGCAGCAAAAGACCGGCCCAUCAGCAGAGCCGGCACCCUCAAUCAACAGGUCAGGGCGACCAUUCAAAACGGAAAAGGAAGCUGGAACGAUCCAAGACGGCGAUGUUAGAGUUCAAUGCGGACAGGGUGCGAGUCGACUUUGAGGAUCAUGUCAGCGGUGUUGAGACGGCAUCUCACCUCUCUUUGAGGGUCAGGGAGUUUGAGAUAAUUGACAACUUGAAGACGUCGCACUGGCACAAGUUUCUGUCACAUCAGCGCCACGACUCGAGAUCGGCUAAAUCAAGAUCGGCACAGUCAAACAUGGUGCGAAUUGAUCUGGAUGGUGUUCGGCCUGUGGUAAGCGCAUCGACGGUUGAGUUCCGACUCAAAGUCAAGAUCUUGCCCUUGCGUCUCUACAUUGACCAGGAUGCGCUCAUGUUCUUGAUCAAGUUCUUUGUCCAAGGCACCGGCGGUGGUGCACCCCCUGGAGCUGGAGAGACACAGCCCGAAGCCAUGGCCGCCGUACCUGAUAAUGUCGAGAAGAAGAAGAAGCCGAACGAGAUGUACUUCCAAUCGGUCAAGCUGGGAGAGAUUGCGGUCAAGAUGGAUUACAAGCCCAAACAUGUCGACUACACAGGACUUUCAGGCGGCAACUUUGUCGAGCUGAUGAACUUUUUCCAUUUGGAUGCGGCAGAAAUGACGCUCCAGGAAGUUCAACUCCACGGCAUCAAUGGGUUUGCAAAGAUGGGCCAGGAUCUGGUCGCGGCGUGGCUCCCUCACAUCCGGUCUACCCAGGUGCCCAACAUGGUCUCUGGUCUGACGCCAAUCAGGUCGUUGGUCAACUUGGGAUCUGGAAUCGCCGACCUAGUUCUUUUGCCCAUUGAGCAGUACAAGCGAGAUGGCCAUAUCAUUCGUGGUCUACAGAAGGGUGGUCAGGCGUUCACGCGUGCAACGACGUUGGAGGCGCUCAAGAUUGGAGCCAAGCUGGCGGUUGGAACUCAAGUUCUGUUGGAACAUGCUGACGAGAUCUUUGGAUCUGGAGCUACUGCGGCGGGUGGUGGUGGUGGUCAUGGAGGAAAAUUGGGAGCCGAGAGCGAUGACGGGUUGGACUCACACAACAGCAGCAAGAGGAUGGUGGCGACGAUGGUGACGGAUUCUGAGGCGUAUAUGCAAGAAUCCAUUGAUGACGAGGAUCAGUUGCUUCAGCAUUUGCAUCACCAACAGCAACAGAGACAGCAGUUGGAGCACCAGCACUACCUCCAGUCGAUCGGCCAGGGCACCUCGUCAUUGUCGACCUCACCGAUGGGGGCUGCAGGCCCUUUGACUAAGGGCAGCAGAGUGAGCAAGUAUGCCAACCAACCAGCGGACAUCAACGAGGGCAUGGAGCUGGCGUACAAGAGUCUGAGCAAGAAUAUUGGCACGGCGGCGCAUACAAUCUUUGCAGUUCCUAUGGAGGUCUAUGAGCAGACAGGAGCUCAGGGGUCGGUACGGGCAGUGAUCCGAGCUGUCCCUGUUGCGGUUUUGAAACCCAUGAUUGGAGCGACAGAGGCUUUCUCCAAGGUCUUGAUUGGUAUCCGUAACAGCAUCGAUCCUGCGCAACUGUUGCAGAACGAGGACAAGUACAAGCGGCAUUAG